UCGGACUCGCUCUCUGCUUUGCGCCUCAACACACACAUCUCACUUCGGGCUUGCGUAAAACCGAGCCGAGGGCUAGUGACCGGAAAAUGCUGAACCGAAUGCAUCGAUCGUUCCUACAGAAACCAAAACUCGAAUGCCUCGAAACUCUCGCAUGUUUUAAUCAAACAGACAGAAGGCGCUCGCUUCUCAUGAGUUUUUAUUUGCUUCGGAGCCAUUCAAAGAGCGCUAAACCGAUAACCCCCUUUUCAUCUGUACCCAUCUCGCCACAUCAAGGCUCACGAAUAGUACACACAUACACACAAAAAAGGAUGGCUAAAUCAAACCUACAGAUACUGCCUUUUUUCACAUAAUGAUAACAUAAAUGCAUAGCCGAGUGGCAUCAAGACGCUCGAGAGACGAGGUUCCAUUGAUUUGUGAUACGAGUAAAAAUGGGACAAUUUCAAUUAGAGCCGUAAAGAGAACAAAAACACCCAAACCCCCUAAUUCGCGGCCACAGCAGAUGUGGCAUCUCUCACACGGGCUACACCACGGCGGCAAGCCAUAAGCGUUUCAAUUAAACGCAAACUGUACAGAGCGUUUAUUCCAGCUGCAACUCAUUUCCUUUCGUUUACACUUGCUAACGUAAAGGAAGUGAACCGUUACAGUAAACGACCACCCCUUGAUCCAACGAAGAAACAUAGCAGUAGAAGAGAUACUAUUUUUGUGAAAGUUUGCGAACAAAAACCCACAAAAUAGAAGCGAAAUAGAGUCAAAGUUUAAUAUAAUACACGAGCACAAAUAAUGAUGGCACCGGUUUGCUUGCGCAGAAUGGUUGCGUACGAACAGAAAGACAGCUCAGCCGUAGAGCCGUAGAACGCUUCGAAGCGGAAUAAUCUAUAUAGUAAGAAGACAACACAUACACACACACACAUUUCUGCAAUGGGAAACAAAAUUGCGCGAUACGCUUCCGGUGGUGUGCAAGCGGGUGGAAGCUUGCCGCAGUGCGAAUGAAGAAAUGCCAAUAGCAAUAUCAAUGGAAGUACCAACUAAAGAAAGCAAACUAAUUAUUACCAACACAAAUGAACAUCCUCAAACACACACACACACACACACUCAAACACACAAAACAAUCACACUAAAUUAAUAGCGUAACAGAACGGGGAAGCUGUGUAAUUCAAUUCAUUCAAUUUAUGCCUAGAAAAACAGAGAGAUACAGAGAGAAGAGCGACAAGAUUAGAAAAGUAAGGGUUGGCUUAUAAUGUAGGAGUACCACAUUUUACUACGUUUCUAUCGAGAAGGUGCUUAUUAACUGAAAAUACAAAUCUAAACUCACAGACACUCACACACGACUAAAGCGUACCCAAAGUUCCUUGCUGAAAGCUUACGACCAACCACCCAGAAACAAGAGAAGGAAGAAAUACACCUACUACACCGACUCAUACUCACUUACUUAAAGGGUUUCCUUUUUGAAUGUGGCUUUAAAAAACGAGAAGGAAAGAGAAAUAGGGCUGCGACUUAAAUUGUCGGUCUCUUCUGUUCAAUUCUGCUAGAGAAGAAAGAUCUUAAAAGCGAAGAACUGUAAUAAAUAGCCUUGCCCCCCGCCGAAUGCCACAAUGCAUGAAGGGCAGUUCUGUGAUCUCGAUGACCAGAUGGGUACGUUUUUUCUGCUAGUGUUUUCAAUUUGAUACGAUGCAAAUACCAGCGCACAAUUUGCUAGUUUGUGCUAUACUUUCUGCCAACAAAAGCUUGUUCUGUUUUUGCUGUGAUAAGGAAGACUAAUCAGCACCUUGCCGGCGAGCCUUUCAAUUAGAAGGAAACCCCGUUCUCUGAGCUCCUUCUAGUCGUGCUUAGCACCGCACACAACAAUCGAGAAGCUUGCCUUCGAUGUGCAAGCUUCACAAUUUGGACCAACGCUAGUUUAAGUCGCUCGUUUCCGCACACCCGAGAAAGCCAACACACCAUUAGAUAGCACGAAUUUCUUCAGCCUACGUUUGGGUUUGCUUUAAAUUAUGCAUAAAUUGCCUUUUGAAAAUAGAUCACUUUGGCCUUAACGAUUGUAGCAAACACAUCCAUGCUUUAUGAUUUGAAAUUUUUGGAUUGGCAUAAAGUCGUAAAGUUACACACAGUUUCGAUGUCACUACUACUAGUAGCUAGCAAGAAUAGUGGGGGGAAAGAAAUCGUUCGUAAAGUACCAAAAAAAUUACUUACAAACAUACACGUUAGCGAGCAAUUCAGUCCGGUUUCGAUUUGUACAGUGCGGCCACGGAAAGGACAAGCAAUAAAUGCUUAUUGGCAUUAGUCCCUUUUUUUUCGCCGGAGAGCGACUGGGAAGAGAAAAGAGCACAACACGCGUUUGCUUACCAAUUAUCUACUUAAUUGCAUCGCACCUACACCACUACUGAUCCGUACUGUUGCCCAAACAUCGAUUAGAAAGUCUGAUAGUAAAUGAAGAAGAUGGAAUUGCAAAAUUCCAUUGAAACAGGAAUGGAAACAUGGUACGGACAGUCUUUAGCCACCGUUAGCCUGUUCUUUUCUAGAAGUACUAACUGAAAGCGCAAAUAGAAAACUUACACAACACAACACUAUUCCAGUUUGAAAUGCAAAUCUUAACCGCGACAGUCAUCCGCAAGAGAUGUAGAGAAGGCAGAGAGUAGGACAAAUGAAACACAUAUAAAAAAACGAGACGCAGUCAAAACGAAUGAAUCUAUCUAAUGAGGAAGAAGGAAAAAAGUAACACACGCUGAAACCAAGUGCUUAUUUUGCAUCAUUUGACAUAUCAAAACGUAGUGAAAGUGGAUGAGGUGGAUUAAGGAAAGCUAGUGAAUUGGGAAGCAAAAAAUAAAAGGAGAGGAUCAAUCGGUAAACAAAACUCGAGAAACAUAAACAAACGCAUCUGAUGCUGAGAAAGGUUAAUAUAAUUAGCUAGCAGGGAGAAGGAUUAAAACUGUGAAAGUAUAUCACAAAACCAAGGAAAGAGAAGAGGGGAAGGAAAAACAACACACUACUACUACUACUGAACGCCACUCUAAAACAAUCUAUCGCUUGAAUGCCUUUAAAAACUAUCGUAAAUAAAUAGGAAAGUGGGUUACAACGUUACGAGAUACGAAGGAAUACGAAAUGUCCCGUUAGUUGAUGACUUUUGUUCAGUUUACCUAAGCUGUUAAGGGAUAAGAGAGAAAGUACUGAAAGUACUUGAGCAAUGAUGUCUCAUUUUCAUUUCCAACUGCUCAACGAGAGUUUGUUAAAUGUCCUGUUUUUUUUUUUCUUAUACCUACCAGUCUCCAUCAAUAACUGCUAGUGAACGUAACUAUUCUAAACUAAUUCUAAACACGCAGACGAAAGCUCAUACCAUAUAGUUUAGCAAAAAAAAAAAAGAAAAUGGGGACUGAGCACAGAAGGUAGGCAAUCGUUUUUAUUCACCAUUAUGAAUCGAGCCGCUGCGCUCUCUGCGCUGGCGAACAAAUUAGACGAAGCUUAAGUUAAGAAGCACCUCAUCAUGUUAUAACUGCAUCCAAACCAACCUUACUUUCCAGAAGCUAAGAACCGAAAAGACAUUAACGAAUAGAGAUGCUUAGUUAAAGCGAGGAAGAGCAACGGAGAAGAUUAAAUAAAGAAGGAGACACGUAGACAUAGAGAAGCUAUUACGUGCAAUGCUGAAACUUUGCAGCUGAAAGUAAAUAUAAAAAAGUGAAAAAGAAAACCGAAAAGAAAACACUUACACACUCGAAAACCAAUGUUUUGCAAACAAACCAAUUACUGUACGUAUGUAAAAAGUAUUUAAAGCGAACAGUGUUAGCUACAGUUUAAGCGCAGUCGUUUCGUGCCCGAUGGCACACAUUCAUAGAUGGCAUACUUAUACAGACACACACAAACACACAAACACAAACAUAUAGAGUGUAUUUUGUAAAGUAAAUCAUAAGUAUGUAACACUCCUCUUCACACUACGCCACGUUACAGUCGCACAAUAUGACGUUCACAUACACACUCCUUCACUCAACACCAACUACAGGUAACGACCUACACCAUACUACUACCAUUACUACACUACGAGAUGACUUGUUGCUUUUUGGGGGUCUAGUGAGUCUUAGUGUUAAUUAAUAAUUGCCUUGACUUGUAAUUGUUAUUUUAUUCGAAAAAAAUAUGUUUCCUCUUCUAAAGCAACUUUACUACAUGUACGUGUGUGUAUAUGUUCUUUUCAUCUUCUCUCUUCUUUGCCACGUAUCAUACAAAACUGAUCCAACGCUACCUUCUUUUGCCUUUUUCGCUCCAUUUCGCUCUUUGAACACAAGGAACACACCAUUCUCAGACACAACCCACUACACGUGCACUCACCCACUCAACACACCACCCACGUACACACUAUUCCAAAAACUAAGUGACAAAACAAAACAGAACUACAAAAAAAAUGAAUCAUGAAAACAUCUGUACAAGCAUACGGUUUAAAUAAUGAAUAUAAUAAACGAAAAAAAAACUACAGCUCAGCUAAGAUUGUGAUUUACCAAAGACGAUGACGCCGAGACGCCGCGAAGAAUUGUAGCGUGUAAGCCCAAUUUGUGCGUAGUGUGUGAAUGCUUCGUGUCGGUAAAGCCGCACGAUGCAUGCAAUGCUCCCAAACAACAGCAACAACAGCAACAACAGCAGCAAGGAAAGUAAAACAAAACAAACUUAAAAACAAAACAAAAAAAAACAAAUGCGCUUUCAAACGAAAAGCAAUUGACAAGGUGGCAAAUUUUGUAGUGUAAAGCAGCUAAAAAGCACGAACAACAUUGCCCAGCCUCAAAGUUAAGUGAAAUAGUUAAAUUAAUUGACGAUCGAAAUUAGAGAACGAAGGCAAAACAUUGCCAACAUUCUGGCACGUUUGCCGCUGCCUGCAAUAUUCGUUACAAUUGGAUUGGAAUUAAUAGUAAUAGUAGUAACAAUUGUGUAAAAGUGCACGAUCGCGUUGCAAAAAGCUGAUCAGAAUAGCAAAAAAACGGUACAUAGAAUCUGUUUUACUCUUUGUUCUUUUUUUUUUUGUUUUUGAAGAGACAAAAAAGGUACCCAACGCAAGCUAAAACGUAAUUAAAAGCAAAAUCUUCCGUCGUGUGGUGUACAAUUUGCAAGCUUUACAAUAGAAAGCUUGCGGAAGAAGGAAAAAGGAAUGAAAACUUAUCCUCAGUGUUGUUGGUCCGGUUUGGUUUUUUUCUGUUUUGUUGCAUGUUGCUUAUGCUUACCUUUUUCACCCAAGGAACAAUGCAACACUCCCAACACACAAUAAGCUGCUAACAAGUUUAAAGUUUAUAAACGCAACGUAAUUUCAGUACGAUGGUAGAAAACAAACAGCGCACGCGACAUUGAGAGGCGGCUAAAGAAUUAAGCAAUUCAGGGUAAAGGUUUUAUACGAAAUUUAAACAAGCAACACAGAAAAAAACAUAAGUGAUUCACUUUGAAAAGCAAAAAAAUAAACAAACAAAACAAGCAAAUCGUGCACAUACUACAGCCAUUUGUAAAAAUUAAACACACUAAACUGACCCCGCUCAAGCUACGCAAAGUAAUGGAAGCUAGCAUCGAGAGAUUUGUUCAGACAAACGUAGCGAAGUAGGCGCCGAUCAUCACGUUACGCUCCUUUAAGCCAGCGAUCGAGUAAGCAGACAAAGGCGUAACGUAACAAAGCUAAUGGAAAUAUGGGUCUUAAGCGUGCGAGGAAUCACCUCCUUUCACACCAUUCGAUACGGCUCCACAGUGGAACCUGUUUUUUUGUUUUUGUUCUUGUACAUGAAACAUUUCCAAUUCCAACACACAUACAUACACACACAUACACAAACAGCUCACUUUUGAAUAUUUUAGUGCACCAUUUAGUGCCCGUCAAACCAUAGCCACGAUCGAAGGCAAAACGAAGAAUUCCUUCAAAAAGGGGUGUUAAAUUAUUUACAUUUAAUUAGAUGAAAACAGAAAAACACUCAAGCACACACCGACACACACACACACACAAAAAACAAAAAUGAAUAUGUACUAACUACUAAUAACGUUCGAACAAUAUGGGUAAUAAGUAAGUGGCGUAGAUGUGCGAAGCCGAAAGCGAAGCGCGCAUCAUCCAAAACGCUUGAACUGUUAGAAGGAACGGAUGCGGGACGAAAGCAAUCGAGGGCAGCAGAAAGGUAGCAGAUCAGAUUAUAAUAUACACACAUGCACACACAUACUACAAACUAGGGGGAAAAGUUGCAAUAGAGGAAUACAGCUCGCUUCUAGGAAGAAUAGUAAAAAAGGGAAAGUGCAAAGGGCAUCAAACAACGUGCUUCGUAAGAAAUAUAAAGCGUCAACGCAUAAUAAGAAGCAACCAAAACGAGUUAAAAGAAACGGCUUGAAGUAAGAGCACGUUACGAAACGAAAAUGAAGAAAACCAACAACAAAAAAAAAAACAAAACAAAAUGCAAAUGCCAAUAGUACAGCUUGGAAGGAUGGUAUCUUGCAAAGUGCACAAAACCAUAAAAUUGUAAUUGUGACAUAAAGCAAGACAUGAAAACAAAGGAACAAACUGCAAACAGAGGUCAACAAAAAGCAUACAAAAGAAAACAACAAAAGUGGCUAUAAAGCGUUCCGCGUCUACUAGCAAACGUAAAUAGGGGUAGCGAGCAAAAGAAAGAACAAGAGAGUGCACCAGCACCACCAAACUUACACAAAAACUUAUGGUUUUUUGAGAAAAAAAGAAAAGAAAAGGAAACCGAAAACCGUCAGAAUACCUACUAUACUAGCGCCGCGCUAUGAUUGUGCUAUAAUUUUUUAUACAUAAAACCUAUACAUACAUAUACAUACACCUACUUAUAUCAUAGUGCGAAAUAUGAGCUAUUGAAAGCAACAACCCAAACCCGUUCAGGCUGUCGAGUGGUUCAGUGUGAAGGAAGACAGACAGUGGAAGAGAAUUGCAAUUACACAGAAGUAAACCAAUCCUAGAAGAGGGUAAAAGACCCUAAAAAGGUAUAGAAAAGGAUAAAUGACUACAAUACUUAACACAACACAUAACCACACACACACACACCCAGACAAAUGAUACACACGAACAAACAGUUAUGCAAAUAAUGGGUUUUGUACCGAUUAUGAUGAUCCGUUUGAACCGUUCAAGUAAUUUCUGCACAUAAAAUCCAACAAACUGUUUUAUUCUAAUUCUUACACUUCAUCCCGUUUCUUACAUUCUUAUUACAUGUCUGAUGCACAUGAGUUGUGCUUUUCUAACUACUUUUAAUCGCUUGGUGCCGUAACCCCUCAAACUGCGUACUUUUUGUAUAAGAUUUAAUAACACCACACACACACACAGCCUGCAAGCAGACAACACAAAAGUGAAACCAAAACAAGAAGAACAAAAAAAACCGACCACAAAACUAUUUAACAGAGCAACAACUACUACAAAACGUUACCACAAUCAGUUUUCAAUCGUCCGCAGCCGAACUACUGUUGAUUAUUUGAUAAGUUUUAGCAGCUUAAACAUGUACUGCAACUUUUAUUAUAUUUAUCACAAGAAGAAACAACAAAAAGGAGAAUAACUGAAGAAAAACAGAGGAACACUGUCAAGUGAAAGUGGAAAAAUAGAAGAAAGUUAUGAAAAAAAUGCAUAAAACGUGUAAAGAUAGCAAAUAAGAACGCAUUGCGUGCGUGAGUGUGUGUGUGUGUGAAAGAAAAAAUGAAUGGUGUAGAAUGGGAAAGAAUUUGUAACAAAACAAAGAAAAUGAGAAAACGGUAUCGAUAGCAAUUGCAAAGCAGUUAAAAACUAUUGCAAAAGCGACUUAAAUAUAGUUCAGUCGUAGUUUAGGCACUGUAGGGCGAGCAGCAGGAAACCAAUGCACAUAAAAAGCAAAUCGCUCGUCGAACAACAGCAAAACAAACACACAUACAAACAAACAAAACUGGACAACCUAAGUAAGAACGUCCCGAUAACGUUUCAAUGCAAAUUAACUUCGCACGGUGCAUUGGCAGGGCAAA